AUGGACUGUAACUGCGUCUCGGAUCUGCUCCUCACCUCUCCGCUUCCAGCCCUCUGGACUCCAGGCUUCGCCUUCCCGGACUGGGCCUACAAGCCCGAGUCGAGUCCUGGCUCACGGCAGAUCCAGCUGUGGCAUUUUAUCCUGGAGCUGCUGCAGAAGGAAGAAUACCAGAACGUUAUUGCCUGGCAAGGCGACUAUGGGGAGUUUGUCAUCAAGGAUCCAGACGAGGUGGCCCGGCUGUGGGGCAUCCGUAAAUGCAAGCCCCAUAUGAACUAUGACAAACUGAGCAGAGCCCUGAGGUACUACUAUAACAAGCGCAUCUUGCACAAGACCAAGGGCAAACGCUUCACCUACAAGUUUAACUUCAGCAAGGUGGUCUUGGUUAAUUACCCACUCCUGGACAUGGCUGCCAACUCCCCGUUUCUGCUGGCCCAGAACCCCUUCAAUGGGAGCAACCAUGGGGCAGAUUGUAGCCCAUUGACUCCUGAGACCCUACAAAGCCUGUUCUCAAGCCCUCGCUUGGGAGACCCUGCUGCUCGCACCCCACUCUUCGAACGUCAACCAGAGACAGAGAAACUGCGGCUGGAUGCAGCCUUCCCUUUCCUGGGUUCAGGUGUUGCAGGGUACACAAAGCCCCCCAGUUUGCUGACUCCGUAUGGCAGGAAUGCUUCCUUCCCAGACUACCCCUGGAAUUUUAACCCUUACCUCUCCAGCACUUUCCCCCUGAACAGCUCCAAGUUACCUGCCUCCCUGUACUCACCCCAUUUCUACCCCAACCCCCUGUCUGGGUCCCUAGCCCAGCUUCCUACACCCAUCUCGCUGCUGCCAGCAGACAGCCCUGAGAGAGCCACAGCCCUGGGGGCUGGCUCCAUUCCCCGUCUCUGCCUGCCUACUCAUGGCACCGCCCUACCCCUGCGCGGGGAAGGGCAUGGGACAAGCCAUCGUGAGAAGGAGUUACUGGGUACCAGGCCACAGAGUCCGUCAGGGGGCCGAGGGGCCAAAGAGGACCCCGGCUCAGACUCCGAGCUGGAAAUCACAGAUCUGAGUGAAUGUAGUUCGGAGAACGAAGGCUGCGAUUUCAGCCCCGACAGCUUGGAGGCGCUGGAGAGCCAGGUGCAGAAUUACAAGCGGCUGGAGACGGAGAGGACAGCAGGAGCGACACCAAGGCAGCCCGAGGGGGCGGCAGGCACUGCCAAUGAGGGGAAGAGUCUGCCGGGCAGCUGA